ACCUCUUACUGACAUAAAGUAUUAGUCUAAACUUAAAACUCAAAAUCAAUAGAAACUUUUAGGAUUCUUUUAAAAAAAGAGAGAAAAGAAAAAAAAAAAAAAGAAAUUUCAAAGAAAAAAUAAAGUAAAAAGAAAUUCCCAAUCAUAUCAGAAUUUGACGAGGGUAGUAAGGGAAAACACAGAACAAAAAAAAGAGCAAGUAGUGGGAUGACCCAAAAAUACCCCUUUUUAUAUGAAUUUUGAUGUAUAUUUCAAUUACCCUAAAAAAAACUCUCUUUGAAUCGCCAACAAUCUUGCUCAAUUCUUAGCUACCCUUUUGCCCCUGCAAAUUUAUCUCUUCCCUUCCUCUACCCUCCUCCUAUAAGGUGAUUUCUGAGGUGGGGUUUUAUAAAGUUCGAAUCUUUCUACAAUUUGUAAGAUACACAGAUCAAGAAUUUGGUGAUUCUGUAAUUUCUGCUUCUAGAAUUCGCUGUUUCUGUGUUGUUUGCUGGAAUCUUGUUGCUGAAGCUGAAUAUCUGAAACUGCUUGACUGUUGCUUGAUGAGUCUUGUUGAGUAAAUAGGAGUGAGAGUGAUAUGGAGGAUUAAUUUCUAUUUGGUGUGAGUCAAUUUAGUUGUGGGUUCAUGGAAGACCGCGAUUUGGUUAUUGGGUCGAGUCAUGGUUUUCCUAAUGUGAAACAAGAAUAUGGAUUUUUCAAUAACCAUGAAUUUAUUUCUAGUCAAAAUCAUGGUUUAGGGCAUGGGAAUUCUUUACCUUUAGAAGACAACCAUGAGAUUGGGUUAGAUGUGCAACAUGACAAUGAGCAUGAUUUGGGAUUAGCUCAUGAACAGAGCCACCAUUUGACUAUUAGCCAGAUUGAUGAGGAUAAUAUGAGUCCGCUGCAAUUAGUUACUCGUGAUUAUGAUCAAGAUGAUGGAUAUAGUCAUGAAGAUGAGGCUGAAUCAAAUGUAGGUUCUAGUGGACAGGUGGUAGACAAAGGGAAUUUUGAGGAGCCGGGUCAUCAGUUGUGUGAUACAGAUGAAAGUCAUAAGUUGGAUCACUUAGAUGUUUCAGAUACCCAUGAUUUUGAUAAAAGCCUUGAGAUUAAUGGCAACCAUACUCAAGAGAUGAGCAUUGCUCCUACUUCAGAUUUUGAAAUUGGGGUGCCUGAGCUGAUUUACUCAGCGCCUCCUAUAGUGCAGUCACGGUGUCUUGCUCCAGCGCCUGACCAUGAAUUGCAUGUGGGACAGGAAUUUCCUGAUGUGCAGAGCUGUCGUAGGGCACUUAGAGAUGCAGCCAUCGCCCUUCAUUUUGAAAUUCAGACUGUCAAGUCUGAUAAAACUCGCUUCACUGCCAAAUGUGUCAACGAGGGAUGCCCUUGGAGGAUCCAUGCUGCUAAGCUUCCUGGUGUUCCUACAUUCUCAAUUCGAACCCUUAAUAGUAAUCAUACAUGUGAUGGUUUAACUCAUCUUGGCCAUCAACAAGCCACUGUUGAAUGGGUUGCUCAUUCCGUGGAGCAGCAACUUAGGGAGAAUCCAAAUUGCAAGCCAAAAGAGAUAUUGGAAGAGAUCCACCGGGUUCAUGGAAUUGCUUUGUCAUACAAGCAAGCCUGGAGAGGGAAGGAACGAAUCAUGGCUACUGUCCGUGGAUCAUUCGAGGAGGGAUAUCGACUCCUUCCUCAGUAUGUUGAACAGAUUGAACGAACAAAUCCAGGGAGUAUAGCAGCGGUAUUUCCCAAUCCAGAGGAUAACUCUUUCCACCGGCUGUUUGUGUCGUUUCAAGCAUCAAUUUAUGGUUUUCUCAAUGGAUGUCGCCCCCUUCUAGGACUUGAUAGGAUUGCCUUAAAGAGCAAAUACCUAGGAACUUUACUUCUGGCUGCUGGUUAUGAUGGGGAUGGAGCUCUAUUCCCUUUAGCUUUUGGGGUAAUUGAUGAGGAAACUGAUGACAAUUGGAUGUGGUUCCUCUCUGAGUUGCAUAGUUUGCUCGAUUUGAAUACAGAGAAUAUGCCAAGGCUUACUAUCUUGUCUGAUAGGCAAAAGGGUAUAGUUGAGGGGGUGGAAGCAAAUUUCCCCACUGCAUUCCAUGGGUUUUGUAUGCGACAUCUUAGUGAAAGCUUUCGUAGAGAGUUUAACAAUACCAUGCUCGUCAAUCUAUUUUGGGAAGCUGCUCGGGCCCUUACUGUCAUCGAGUAUGAGACCAAAAUUCUUGAGAUUGAGGAAAUUUCAUCAGAUGCAGCCUAUUGGAUCAGACGGCUUCCACCACGCUUAUGGGCCACUGCAUAUUUUGAAGGGACGAGAUUUGGCCAUUUGACAGCUAGUAUGGCUGAAUCAGUAAGCCCAUGGAUUCUAGAAGCUUCUACUCUCCCAAUGGUUCAGAUGAUGGAGAAUAUAAGAAGGCAGCUGAUGACUUUGUUCAAUGAACGGCGUGAGGUAAGUAUGCAAUGGGCAAGCACACUGGUACCAAACGCAGAAAGACAGGUGGCAGAAGCCAUAGAGCAAGCUCGGACUUACCAAGUUCUCCGAGCUAAUGAAGCUGAAUUCGAAGUUAUAUCCCAUGAGGGUACCAAUAUUGUUGAUAUCAGAAAUCGUUGUUGCCUUUGUCAUGGAUGGCAGGCAUAUGGGUUGCCUUGUGCUCAUGCUGUAGCGGCUUUACUUUCUUGUAGGCAGAAUGUUCAUCGGUUUGCUGAGAGCUGCUUCACAGUUGCUACUUACAGAAAGGCUUACUCCCAGACCAUUCACCCUAUUCCAGAUAAGACCCUGUGGAAUGAGGGUAAUAACAAUAACAAUAGUAUUACUGACAUCAUCUUGAGCCCGCCUAAAUCACUUCGUCCACCUCCACGUCCUAGGAAAAAGCGUGUCCGGGCUGAAGACCGUGUUGGCCCAGUGAAGCGAGUUGUGCACUGUAGCCGUUGCAAUCAAACUGGACAUUUUAGAACCACCUGUGCAGCUCCUAUAUAGAUAAUUAGAUGUAUGAUGAUUCAUCUUCUUUGUUUUCCUUGCAAUGUGUUUCUUUAGUUGCCUUCAGAGUUCAUUGUACUUCAGUAUCAGGCUGUCUGUUCUUAGUUCUAAUACAACAAGAGUUUCCAUGAGUGCAACUAAUUCUGGCCAUUUUAAUUGAUA